AAAUCUAAGAUAUCAAGUGUAGUCGCCCCAAAGAGGUGGGAAAACUAACUAAUUGAUGGAGUUCGAAUAAUUCCUUGCGGUCGACUGAGAGUUUAGAAACGGACCAGGCCUGUCAUAUGAACUGAAUUCUGCAAAGGAAUCAUGCAAUAUCAGUACCCGGUAACUUCGGCUAUGAACGUUCCUUUGUAUGCCCCGACGCCAAUUCAGCACGUCCACCCAACUCCCUUCUACAUCGAAGAUAUACUUGGAAGGAAUGGAACUCCAGCCUCUACACCCGUUGUCUCUACGCCGACUCUACCAUCACCAAAUUCGUCAUUCACAAGUUUGAUAUCACCUUACAGGAGUUCAAUCUGCGAGCCGACGCCAAUCCACCCUGCGUUAUCGCACCACUCAGCUCUUGCGACUCCAUACGCAACAGGGGCUUUCUCAUCCUCAGUCUACCCUUUCAACCGGUCACUGGGAGAAUACGCGCAUGCACUCAUCAGACACGAUAGUCUAGGCAAACCACUGUUAUGGACUCCAUUCAUUCAGCGUCCCCUGCACAAAAGGAAAGGCGGACAAGUCCGAUUUUCCAAUGACCAGACAAUUGAACUAGAAAAAAAGUUCGAAACACAGAAGUAUCUGUCUCCACCAGAGAGGAAACGACUGGCCAAAAUGCUGCAACUGAGUGAACGGCAGGUGAAAACCUGGUUCCAGAAUCGCCGGGCGAAGUGGCGACGGCUGAAACAGGAAAACCCACAGUGCCCAAAACGAGACAUCGAUGACGAAAAUCCCGAAAGACAUUUUGACGUGGAAGUCAAACACAAUCCAGAUCAACACAAUCCAGCACAGGUUCCACUCAGCCACGUUCAGUGUUCUUCCACUUCACUCUUGCGGGAAGACAACGAGUCAGGCAUCUCAGAGAAUUCGGACCAAGAACUGGACGUUGAGGACGAAUUUCCCCUAACCUUGCAAAAAUAAAUCAUUGACAUUUUCUGUCUGAAGAACUUUUGUUGUAAAUAUUGAAUAUGUAUCAUAUUUCGUUUAUUGUUGACGUGAAUUAAUAAAGAUGUGCUAUGUAGCUCAUACAGUACACCAAGUUAAAAAGAAA